AAACGGUUCCUCAAGUCUGGCGAUGCUCUAAUCGUGGUAAUUGUGUCAUUCUUUUACAUUUGUGUUGUUUUUGUUUUUACUUCAUUCGCUUCAGUCACUCUUUACAAUAAUUCAACACACAACUUAGGCUAUCCGCCUCCCUCACCCAAGUCUGUCUUUUACGAUCACAACUUCAUCGUUAUUUUUCACCAUGGUUUCCAGCAAAUCCAACAUCGCCGGGGUUCUUCUUCUCUCGCUACUCUCAACUCCUGUCUUUUCUGCCCCUACGGUAGUUUCCAACGGCACCUUGACGAACUCUUCAACCUCUCAACCCCUCGCCUCCGGGACAAAUCUUCCGCUCAGGCCUGUCCCAAACAGUAAUAAUGGAGUCCAGACCGCAGGCCGGAACGUGGUGCCCAAGAAGAACCUGAGCCUGGCAUGGCAGACCCCGAGCAACGACAGCGCUGUCUCGGUGGGACUGACUAUGCAGAACUCCGCUGUUGUUCUAGAGGAUAUCGAUGAUGUGUCCGCCGUCGACUGCACUGGCCAGAGUUCUGUGGCUGUCACCUUUAACAAUACCGAGGCCUAUACUGAAGCCCUUUCGGAGUGGAGCGCCAUGAACAGCAGCUUUGUGAUGAUCACCAACCAUUUGGGUGAUUGUGACUCCGAGCUCGAGCGGUCUUUCUUUGUGACUGAUGCUGACGCUCUUACUGCCUUCGAAUCCAACCUGACAAUCAUUGCUCUGGCGGAAAAGAGUGACAUUGUUGGAACUACGAGCACCACCGAGAUUGACUUCACCAGUGGGUCCAAGUCUCUGGACAAACGUGGAAUCAGCUGGAACGACGAUGGCCUUACCAUCGCUUACACAUAUUCUAUUCCUUCGGAGCAGACGAUUGUGGACACAGACUAUGUGACAGUAGUCGUGAACGAGGCCUCAAUCAACAACUCGGUCCAGUAUUCCGGUCAUGCAAAGUGGGAACUGUUCAAGGGCGUGACCGAAUUCUACAUCGAUAUCGACAAGUCGGUGUACCACUAUGCUGAUAUGGAGCUUACAAUCAAGGAUUCGUGGUCUGACAGCUGGACCUGGUCGCCCGAUGCACUGAGCUACUCUGUCCUCGACGUGCCCGGUAUUAUUUCUCUCGGUCCUUCUGCGGGUAUCAGCUUUGGUGCCAGUGUCACCGCCGCCGCUGCUGGCACCGUCACAGGCGAAUUCACCUCGCAGAUGCCCAACGGUACAAUCCACAUGGAUUUCAAGGACUGGGACUCCUCUUACUCCAGCGGCUGGGAGACAGAGCACGAUGCCACCUUCAACGUCACCGAGGACGUUUCCAUCACCCUGAAGCCCUACAUCGACUUCACCGUCGAGUUCGCCUGCAAGCUCUUUGACGGCCUGAUCGACCUCAGCACUGGCGUCAAGGCCGAGCCCUCCUUUCCGUUCGUCACGACCGCCACCGCCACGCAGGCCAUCAACGCCACGUCUGGCAGCGUGACGUACCCAAACACUACCAGCAGCACUGCCUGCGCCAACGGUCUGAGUGAGGCUAUUUCUUUCGAGUUUGACGUCACCGCUUUCGCCACGGAAUGGAUCGAUAUCUCGCUGUAUGAAUACGAAGUCAGCAUCUGGGAUGGAUGUCUUGACUGGUAAUGGGUACAGAGCAUACCAUGGAGCAAAUGAGCGUGACAAAGGGGAUCCGCCUCUGGCGCUUGGGUUUCAGAGUCAAGCACUCGCUUGUAUGGAAUAAGGGGAGAUGAUGUGGGCGAAAGAGAAAAAAAAACCAGACAAAAUUAUAUCGCCUCUAACUAACCACCUCUGGUGCUACGUAAUCAUUUACUCCAAUAUUUAUCUUUAUUUGAGG